AUGGUGGCGGGUUCUCUUUUCCGAUCGAGAUCACCGAAAAACUGGCCGCUCUACUACUUGCCGAGAGGCUGCUCAAACCCCUCCUCAGAAAAAUCCAGAAACGCGUCCCCCCCACCACUCCUCGACAGCGCGUACACAAUCUCCANAGCACUCUCCAUCUCCUCAUCCCCCACACACCCAUCCACCCACUCCCUCAAAGCCCCAUCCCCCUCCUCAACCACCUCACGGGCCCUGGCCCACAACGGCCCAUCCACCGCCUCACGGCCCGAAACAAGCUCCAACAAAACCACCCCAAACGCGAAGACGUCCGUACUCGGGGGCCAUGUAACCCUGAGUGCCGACCACGUGGGCCGUCAUCGCGUUGCGGCCGGAACGGGCCAGCCCGAAGUUGGCGACCUUGGCCCGCAUGGUGGGGUCGAGGAGGAUGUUGCUCGACUUGAUGUCCUUGUGGACCACGCGAGGCCUCGUGUGCUCGUGGAUGUAUUGGAGACCGUUGGCCACGUCGAUCGCGAUACGCAAGCGUGUCUUCCAGGUGAGUUUGUUCUCGGUUGUUGCUCGGGAGGGGUCGUGGAGCCACGAGUGGAGGGACCCGUUUUCGACGUAUUCGUAGACGAGAUAGCAGUUUGCUUCGUGGGGGUCGAUGCAGAAGCCCUCGAGUCUCACUAG